AUGAUGGUACACCAAGAUUUACGUUUACAGGAGGUUGUUAAUACCUUGCAUCAAUUGUCCAAAGAGAAUUCUAUGAAAUUCAUAUUAAUUACAAAAGAUUCGAAUCCCAAUUCUGAAAUCAAGUGCCAGCAUUCGUCUCAGUAUAACCUUGAUCAGGUUGAAGAAAUCAAGGAUAUUUUAGGAAGAGCAACACUAACCACCAUUAAACCUACUUUAUCCCAAAUGCGGCUUUUGAAAUUGUACAAAAACCAGCACCCGACUACUUUGAUUAAACAAUACCGCGAUUUAUUCAACUCUUUAUCGCAGGUUGUUUGUAAAGAAGUAGCAAAAUCAUGGAUCAAGAUCAUUGAACCUUUUAAACAAGCAUUAUUUCCAUAUCGUGAUUUCAACAAGACAAAACCUUCAUGGUGGCCCCAACAUGUAAACCAUAUUGAGCCAGAUCAUUUGGAUAAGUUUGGUAGAGUAGAGGUAUUGAUCAAUAUUCUAAGACACCCUCAAUUUGAUUUGAAAGAAGUUGAUUUGCGAAGCUAUAACAAGAGACCGGUGAUUCAGUCCUUUUUGAGGGAGAUUUUGUAUUUGGCUAUUUAUGACCGCAUGUACUAUAACAUGUUGAGAGAAGAAGAUGCAUUGUUCCAAUUGAUUCCUGAACAUGAAAGGGACUUGUUUGAGCAAAGCAGUAUUAUGAUAAUGACCAGUGAUAUGAGAAUAAAAGGUACCCAGGAACUUAUAAUGACUAGUAAGGUAAAGGAUGUGCAUUUGAACCAUAGAAUAUUUGGAUUAAACCAAGUGGAGUUAUAUCCAACUGCUGAUUUUGCAAAGACCUUAAUAUCUACAACUGGCAAUAAGACGGGGAAAAUAGUAAAGACGAAAAGCAAAUCCAAUUUGAGACUGAGUAGUAGAGAUAAAAAGCCAACUACGAGGUCGAGUGUCAAGAUUGACGAGCUAGUUUUGAAAUCUGUUGAAAGGAGGAAUUAUUCAAGUAGUCCUAUUGCAAAAGACAAUGAAUUACAGCAACAACAGCAGCAACUGCAGCAACAAAAGUUUAUUGCCACUGAGAAGAAACUAGCUAUGAACAAUUUGAAAAUGUCUGUUGGUAAUGUACAGGAGCAGACUUAUAAACCGGUGUUGGAGUUUGAAAAAGUAACGAAACAGUAUAAGCUUGAGGACAGUGAUGAUACGAGGAUAAUGGAACAAAAAUUAACUGAUGUAUCAAAGGCAACUAAAAAAAAUCAUACCCCUUCUGAUUUAACUGGGAAAGAAUUGAAUAAUGUGCGCAUGUGCGAGUAUGAAUAUUUCAAAAACUCUCUAGUUAAACCAAAUCAAUUCAACAAUGUUAACAAUUUGGAAAUGGUAUACCAUCAAAAAGAUCUGAGUUUAGAGGAUCUGGGGAUAUCAUCGAACCCAAAGUCAAGUCCAUAUGUUAAUUUCGACGGCUACAAUGAAGAGACUGGACAUUUGUUAAACACUUUAUGCUACUAUGACGACUACGAGAGCUCAAGCGAGGAAGAAACGAGCGCUUUUGAAAUUAGCUCUUCAUCAGAUGAUUUUUUUGAGCAUUUUAAAAAAGUCGACGGUAAUGACAUUGCAACUUUUGACGAAUAUACUUUCGAUGCAAUGGCUCUACACUUAUGA